ACUGCUUUUCCCCAUUGGGUCUCUGUGAGAGUCACAUGCUUCAGACAUCUUUGAAAAGAAUCCUCUGAGGCUUCAGCAUCUCAUUUGAGUCUCCUGAAUCUCACCUAUCACUGGGUUGAAUUCUCAUCCAUCACAAUGAGCAACAAAUUCCUAGGCACCUGGAAACUUGUCUCCAGUGAGAACUUUGAUGAGUACAUGAAAGCUCUGGGUGUGGGAUUAGCCACCAGAAAACUGGGAAACUUGGCCAAACCCAGAGUGAUCAUCAGUAAGAAAGGGGAUAUUAUAACUAUAAGAACUGAAAGUCCCUUUAAAAAUACAGAGAUCUCCUUCAAGCUAGGCCAGGAAUUUGAAGAAACCACAGCUGACAAUAGAAAAACAAAGAGCACUGUAACCUUGGCAAGAGGCUCACUGAAUCAAGUACAGAAAUGGGAUGGCAAUGAGACAACAAUAAAGAGGAAGUUGGUGGAUGGAAAAAUGGUGGUGGAAUGUAAGAUGAAGGAUGUGGUCUGCACCAGAAUUUAUGAGAAGGUCUGAGAAAAGUUUUCUUACUGAAGUGAUAUUUGAUCAUCUGAUAUUGGAAAUCAGCUGUUUCCAUCGGCAAGGCCUGCCUACACUGUAGUUUGUUUUUGCUCUUGUCUUAAUAGAUCAGAUAAGCAAAGUCUUACACUGAGGAUUAAUCUAAAUUUCAGUAUUAUUUAAACAUUUUCAAUUUGUAUGCAUGUUUACUAUAUUAAAGAUUAAAGUAUGUAUAUUGGCCAGAC